AUGGUCGGCGUAGGCCUCGUCAUUCUGACCUUCUUCACGGCAUUGGCCGUCUCUCAGGCAUUGCCACGAGUCCGGAACGACAACACCGCCGACAACCUGGCCAUGAGAGACACCAACGUCCAAGCCAGACAGCUUCAAGGCGCUCCCUGGGGCCUUCCUUGGGGUAUUUUCGAUGGCGUUCGAUCUGCCUCGCCUGUCAAUCUCGCUCAACCUGCCAUCGCCACGCCUCUGCCCGCCGCUGCUCCCGCUUUACCCAAUAACCAACCACAGGCCAUUCCGGGGGUGCUCGCUUCUUUGACAGCGGCCAUCGGAGGUGCCAUACCCAGCAACGUAUUGGCCUCUGCCCCCAACGUUGUGUCCACACUACUUCAGCCUGGCGGCCCUCUCAGCCUUCCUCCUGCCGUCCCGAGCGGUGAGGCAGGACAGACCCCGAACAGCGGUGGACUGCUGAUUCCCAUCCAGAGUCUCGUCAGCAUUAUCGUUGGCGCAGCAGGCAAUGCCGGUUCUCCUAUCUCUCUGUCUGGCGUCACUGGCGUUCUCAACCCUCUGACAACACUGGUUGACGGCGGCGGGAUCCCCGCAUCGCAGGUCACUGCAGUUACCAACAAUGGAGUUCCUGUCGGUGGUGGUCUCCUUACGGCUACUGCCCUCUCAGCAGCUAUCGGCGUCAUCACAGCGGCCCCAGGAAUUUUAACUACUGCCUUGCCUAUCUCAAACGUCGUCCCCAGCUCACUACCCGUGUCAAACUUGAACGGCGUCCUUAGUUCCGUCUCAGUUGUCUUGCCAGAUGCAAUGCCUUCGGUCGAUCUCGGUGGACUCAAUGCACCUCAACUACCUACCGACUUGGCUGCCACUGUACCUAACCUUAUCGGUUCACUCAUCAAUCCAAUCACCCAAGAUGAUGCUUCAGUCUCUACCACCGGAGGUACUCCCAAUCAGGCUACGAUUUCUCCGGUCUCGGCUGCUUAUUUCCCUUGUACAAUGGUCGAAUUCGCCAAUGGAACCCCCACUUUCAUCUUCACAACCUGUUCUACUGGUGCUUCUGCUGCACGCCCUCAGCCAGCCGCGUCGACCGCCUUGAGCUCGGCAUCUGCUCCGGUCUCAUCUGCAACAGUCGGGUCAGUGAGCUCCCUUGUGCUAUCGGGAGUACCGUCCACAUCCUCCGCUCUGUCUGUAGGCGGCGGCACAGCCAACCUCCCUGUGUCUUCUCCAGCCACCCCUUUCGUCACCCCAGGAAGCUCGCUGGCAGGAACCCCACAGCGCUCAUCGACUCCCGCACAACCCACUGCUGACAUUAACGAUGGUUCUCCCGUCAGUGCAUCUCCAUCCCAGCCCGGAGCUGGAAGCCAGGGGAACAGCGUACAGCCUCAGAACCCCAGUUCAACUGGCCAGUUCCAAUCACUUACAACGAAUUCAAACGCUUCAUCAAACCUUACCCCAGUCAUCCAAACGCCUGCUGGCGCUACUGGGCCUCCCAGCCAGCCGAACGGCGGUGUUACUGCUCCUUCGCCGCAAGCCCCGGCAGUCAGCAUUCAAACAACUGUAACCGUUGCUGCCGGGCCACCGGCCUCGCAGCCAAGCGAGGCGCCAUUGGGCAGCAAAAGCAGCCCCAGCUCUUCUCCUACUCCGUCCGGAGGUUCAGUAUUCGCCGACGACGGACAGGGCUCUUCGCCUGGCGGUAGCGCCCUCCCAGGCACGCCGGUCAUCCCCAUUUCCGACUGCCCCGCUGUUGUUCAAUGCCCAGCAUGUCCGGCAUCUUCUGCAGAGCCUCCUUCAAGCUCUGACCCGUGUCCGGGUCGAGGCUAUUCGUGCUCAGAGUGUCUCAACGGCUGGUUUUGCCCCCCCAAGGAAACGCCAAUGCUACCCGCCCCCUGCGGCAUGGGUUGGCCAUGCUACCACUGCAAGGGCGGCUGGUACUGUGCACCUAGUGGAAGCGGCGGAGCACCCGCAGGCGCAAACAAUCCCCCAGCGGUCGUCAUCACAACUGUCACGGCUUUUCUCGCACCUCUGCCCACCGGGCCUGCCAACGGUGGCACUGGCGGCGAUGGCGGUGACGGCAACGGAGGAUCCGGCAACAGUGCGGGCAAUGGAUCUGGAGAUGGUUCAGACAACGGCUCCGGCGGUAGUGAUGCUGGGAACACCGGAGGCUCCCCAGGAAAUGGUGUACCCGCCAGCGUCAGUUCAGGCAAUGCUGCAUCAACUCCUUGUACAACUACCAGCAAUACGCAACCUACUAGCACGACCGGUUCUGGAGGUGGUGGCGGCAAUGGUAAUGGGUCUGGCGAUGGGCCGGGUAAUGGAUCUGGAAACAGCUCCGGCAAUGGCUCCGGCGGUAGGGAUGCUGGUAACACUGGAGGCUCUCCAGGAAAUGGUGUACCCACCAGCGUCGGUUCCAGUAAUGCUGCAUCAACUUCCUGUACAACUACCAGCAAUACGCAACCUACCAGCCCGACUAGUUCCGGAAGUGGUAGCGGAAAUGGCAACGGAACACCCAACAGUCCGGGCAAUGGAAACUCUGUCAGCACUCCCAUUGGCAACGGCCCGUCUCUCACCACUUCAACAACUGAUCCCAAUACAGGAUCCGGCAGCCCCCCUGGAAAUGGUUCUCCUACAAAUGGCGGACCUCCCAGUAAUGAUUCUGGGAAUGGCCCAAAUGACGGGCAGGGGAGUUCGGGCUCCGGCAACCCGCCAUCUGGCUACGGAGACCCUCCUUCCGCAAGCCCUGCUGCCGGGAACCCCAAUGACGACCCCGGCUCAGGGGCACCAAACGGCAGUGGCGCACCUGGCCCCGCAACUACAGCAGCUGGCGGCAACGGAGACGCAGGCUCUGGCAACCCCAAUGCCGGGCCCGGCGGUGGAUCACCCAGCAAUGUCACCCCCAAAGCUGCCGCCGAGGUCUCUGGCUGGACGCAUCUUGGCUGUUUCAAAGACUCUCCCGUCCGGACUCUGGACUGCGACCCAUCCAAAUAUUUUGCUGGAAGCAUGUCCAAUGAGAAGUGCAUCUCACACUGCGCUGCGCAGGGCUUCAGGCUCGCCGGCACAGAAUACGGAAAAGAGUGCUGGUGUGGCAAUGCAUUCCAACUGGCCGAGCGCAUCCCCGAGCAACAGUGCAACGAGGUAUGUGAUGGACGUUCCACCGACAUUUGCGGUGGUGACUGGGCUGUCACGGUCUACAGUGCCAAUGGUCAAGCCCUCAGUGUCCCAUCCGACGAUGAUACUGGCAACGGCAACACCUCUGGCAACGGGAAAGGUUCUGGAAAUACGACCAGUCCAGGGUCUCCAUCAAACCCCCCCGCUGGGCCGCUGGCUUCUUCGAGUCCCCCUCCUCCUCCUCAAACAAGUUCCCAAGGCCAGCCGUCUCCAGCCCCUGCAGAAAACCCUCAACCGGCCCUUACUCCUUCAGGGUCGCCCAGUGCACCGUCACAGCAGCAGAUUGAUGUGGUGUCCCUCAUCAAUAGCAUCAUCAACGCUCUUCCCAAAGGGAGCCUGGAUGGCGGAUACGGCAGCGGUCUGGGAGCAAGGGACUCUGGGGCGUCUGACAACAAUGGAGCCGAAUCACCAGACAAUGCCGGCAUUCCUAAUGCUGGUGCAGGAGGCUCACCCAUGAUGGGACCAGGGCCUGUCAUCCCGACAGUCGGUCUCAGUGGUUACGGUUCCCAGAAGCGUGAUGUGGCAGGCCGGAGCGUGAAGCGGAGCAGCAUCAUAGGACGACGUGCGGUCGCCAAAUCCGACAGUGCCAAUAUUGUCGGAGACGCAGAUGGAUGUGAUGGCGACUGUGUGGUCGAGGAGGUUUAA